UCACAGUUAUUCACCGUUUCUCACUUCCAAUCAAAGUCUUCCAACAUGCAGCAACGUGUCUUCAUCUCAGGAGGUCGGUUUAACACUACCGCAUACAAGUACUGUUCAUCAGGUUUCCCUCCCGGUUAGAUUAACUCUCCACCAUCAAUAUCCGUCUUCUACCUUCUGGUUCCUUCCAUCGCUUUCAUUUUCCUUCCACGGUUCCACCGCAACCUAUUCCUUUCAAUUCAUUUACAUCCUUCUGGUGGCCUUGCCUCCAAUUUCUUCCGAUCAUCUUUUACACAUUCCCUUUUUAAUACCCACCUGCUUUGUUCUACUGUCUUCAAGAAUAAUCAUUGCCUCCCCCGUCCAAGGACGAAGAGAGUAUUGUCGCCGGCAACAGUCACGUCCAUGUAAGUUUCUGAUUUCUUGCACGAUUUACGUUCUAAUCAACUGUUUGUAUUUCUAUUUGGGUUCGAUUUUAAGAAAAUCAACGUCUGUUGUGUUGGUGGUGUCUGAUUUUGGGUGUUGCGUGUUUUGAUGGUUGACGCCCCACACCUCAUCUUCGCCUUUUUAAUUUUAUCGGAACUCAUUAUCCAUCGCCUUAUUCUUCCAUCGACUUCACCUCUACUCGCCUUAUUCAUCCAUCGACUUCACUUCCGUGUAUACUCCCGGUAACAACCCUAAAUUCGACCAAUCAUCGUCUCUGGUUGAUACGUGUUCUGUUUUAGGGCUUUUCAAGAGGAACCCGAGUAAGCAUUUAGCAGGAGGGAAAGCAUUUACCGAUGACAUACCAACUGCAAGAGAGGAGGUGGGUCGUCGACGGUGACAAACUCUUGGUCUCUCUGAUUGUAAAUAUCGAGAGGGAAGAUGGACUGCGUUUCAAAGGGAAGAUUGACUACAGUUGUUGCCGUUUGGAUUCGAUUUGGUUGCGAGGAGGGACCAACGGCCUAUGGAGCCGCUAGAGAAUCCCAACAAGAGUUUUUCCGAUCUGCAGUAUCAUCAGAGAGAAGUUUUUCUGUAAAAGGGAUUGGCAGUGGAGACGAUAUAUUAUUUCUCUCUUGGAAGCCUAGAGCCUUUGUUUAUCACAAUAUCUUGUCAAAAGAAGAGUGCGAUUAUUUGAUAAAUCAUGCCAACCCUCACAUGGAAAACUCAACAAUUGUUGAUAGCAAGCCUGGUCAAAUCAAAGAUAGCAGAUUACGUAUAAGCCCAGGGACGUUUUUGAGAAGGGGAAGUGAUAAAAUUAUACGCGACAUUGAACAAAGGAUAGCAGACUUUGCAUUUAUCCCUGUAGGUAUGAUUUAUGAAUAUCUCAUGCACAUUUUAAUAUAUCAUCAAAACAAGACAUCAAGAUUAUGCUAUAGCUUUUAUGUACUUUUUAUGAUUGUUUACAUUCUACACUCUAAUGUCUAUUAUUUUUUGUUUAUUUGCAAGAGUUGGACAUUCCAAAAGGAUAUAUAUUGAUUUCAUGGAUAAUCCAAAAGAUUGUGGAUACUGACAAGUUCGUAACACUCUUUAAAAUUUAGAAUCAUUAGUGAUUUAAGAACCUAUUCCAACAAAAAAAAGCUUAAUUUAUCAUUGUUCAUUACACAGAUAUUGUCCAAGUUAAACAGGAUAUAAAACUUCUACUUCAAACUUUUUCAGGUUUCCAUAACUCAUAUCUAAAGUAACGAAGUUGCUCAUCAAUAAGCAGAGGGCAUUGUUUUCAGAUGAAAAAUGUUUUUGGCUGUUUAUUUCAGAUUAUGCUUUUCUUCUACAACCUCUAUUUUCUUCUAAUUUCUUCUAAUUUUAUUUACUUAUUGGAAUCAUUAUUCCAAAUGGACUGCUGAUGCAUCACCGUUAUGUGGUCUAGGUAAGUACUUUUACCACGGAUGGUGCUGACAGAUAUCGAGGUAUGUUGAUGAAUGAUGAUUUCAAGUUUUUUUAGAUUUGUGGCUCAAUAAUUGGAUUAUUGUUUAAUCGUUCUUGUCAGGCCUCACAUUCUCCUUUGUUUUUUUUUGUUUUCCUCUAAGGUCCAUGCAUUUCUUUGAUUAUUUAUAUUAGGUUCGAAUUGUUAAUUCAUGAAAAUUUUUAUUUUCUCUAAAAGUGUAACUGAUUUUAGGGCUACAUAUUUACUUGAUGUCAGAGGCUUUAAGUGUGAUGAUUUUAGUUAUACAGAUAAGUCAUUCUUCUAACAUCUUUAUCAUAAGGACCAAUUUCCUUUUGUGUUUUAUAGCCUAACUGAUGUCGAUAACAAUAACCUUCAAAUAUAAACUAUUGAUGAAGAGUAAAAGAAAAAGUAAUUUUAUCUUUCAACUUUAAUUGUUGAUGGAUUAUUCUCAAAUUAGUUUUAAUAACAUAUUAUUUUUUCUUUAAUUGCAGCCUUCAAGAAGAAGGAGACCGUACUAACAGCUUUAGGACCUGGGGAAAUUGCUUCUUCCCCAUAUUACAGACCAGAUGUGGAAAAGUUUGACUUCUGUUGACUUUUUUAGUCUUCAUAUAAUAUCCCAUAUCAUGAUCUGAAUUUUAGCAUGAUUGAAAGGGCAACUUUUUUUUUUGAAUAUUUAUGUAGUUUUCACGCAUUAACUAUAAUUUGAUUACCACUUUAUGUUUUUUUUAAUCUCUUUUUGUUAGCAGGUUGGAAUCAGUAUAAUCAAAAUCCAUGCAUGAGGUCUAGCUGGUCUAGCUGGAGUAGUAAGAAAUUUGGGCUGGUGCUGCCUUGGACUAAAUUUGGUUAAAUUAAUUUUGUACCCAACAUAUGUGUUUAAAAAGAGAAUAUAUCUCAGUUGGCUUCUACUUUAUUUCAUUUUUUAAGCAUCAUACUUUCAUAGUCAACCAAAUAUAGCAUCAUAGUUCCAUGACAAACGACUUAUAAACGAUGACACCAUCUUUACCCUAAUGUAUUCCAUCGGUUUUCUUCGACAUAA